GUGGCAAAACAUUCAGUUUUAUGGAAUAUUUGUGUGCAGUUUGAUGGAAUUGUGAAAUGCGGUGAUGUAUUUGGGCAUUCAGACAAAGCCGUCAUGCAUUUGUGUCAUGCUACGAGCGGCCAGCUUAUUGAUCAUUCUUCUUGUCAAUUUAGUGGAUGCUCGUGACAUGGCAAUCGAACGCUUGUCAAAAUUGAGCUCGGGCCUGUACACCGGGGCGUAUCUGGACGGGGGUCCCGGGCCGAUAAAUAUUACAACGCAACUGGGCACACACGCCUAUCUGCCGUGCAGGGUUAAACAAUUAGUGGAUGCUCGUGACAUGGCAAUCGAACGCUUGUCAAAAUUGAGCUCGGGCCUGUACACCGGGGCGUAUCUGGACGGGGGUCCCGGGCCGAUAAAUAUUACAACGCAACUGGGCACACACGCCUAUCUGCCGUGCAGGGUUAAACAAUUAGGAAACAAUAAGUCAGUAUCAUGGAUUCGACGCAGAGACGCCCAUAUCCUGACUGUGGACAGGUACACAUUCAUAGCUGACGAAAGGUUUCAAUCGUUUCUGAUUGAAACAACUGGAACAUGGACUUUACAAGUGAAGUACGUGCAGCAGCGUGACGCUGGAUCGUACGAGUGCCAGGUGUCGGGUUCUUCAGAGAGCGACCGCAAGAUGAGUUCGAUAGUGAACCUACAUGUUGUGGUUCCUCAUACCGAAAUUCUAGGAGAAUCCGAUGUGUACGUACGAGUAGGAAGCACAGUGGCCCUCAGGUGUCUGGUCAGAGACGCAAUGAUAGCUCCGCCGUCAUACAUCAACUGGUACCACGGCGGGGUCAGAAUACUGCAGACAUACGGGGACAAAUACACGCCUUGGGCGGCCAGUAUGGAACGCACGCCGGACGAUUCGACGAUCGGAAUUCUUCGCAUCGAGUCCGCUCAGCGCGAACAUUCCGGCAACUACACAUGCCAUCCGUCAAAUCUGGCGCCCGCCCGGGUUACGCUGCACGUACUAGAUGGUGAACACCCGGCAGCGAUGCAACGUGAUAUAAACUCAGCCGUCUCAAUUUCGCAACUUGAACAUUUGUUCAAUGUCUUUUUAUCGAUAGCAAUCGUUUUAAUGUUAUCGAUACAUUGA